UUUUUUGUUAGCUUAAAAAGCUUAUAGUAUUCCUACUAAUUUCUAGACCAUUCUUUUUUUAAAAGAGAAAUAUGGACAAAACUCAUUCAGCGUUAAACUAUGUACGUAAAAGAUCUUGGAAUAUGUCAAUGUAUGGCACCCCCAAUCUCCAUAUCAAUGUUAAAAAUAAUGCACAAGCGAGAUUUCAUAUAUAUCUUAAAUAUUUGCUUCCCAGGACUUUAGAAAAUAAUCAAUCAAAUAGAUUUUAGCUAGAAUAGUAAGUAUUUAUUUAUUUUUCAUACAUAUAUAUAAUAAGGCGCUGUUCAAAAUGAAUUACUUCAACAAAAAACUGAAUAAAUUUCAAAAAGACACCAAAUGUUUAACGAAUUUUUUGUAUUGCCUUUUCGAAAACGGUCAACUUAUGGUUUUUUCAACUUGAAAAAAUGCGUUUCACGAUUUUUAGAAAGCUUAAGCUGUUUCAACGACUACGAGUACAACUGCCAAGAAUUAGGCGGCUGCUGUUAAGAAGGUAUACAGAUAUCACGGCUAUCCUGCUUGUUUUUUAUCUGGUCUAUAGGAUAUUUUGUUUCCAGGAUCCAAGGAAACGGAAUGCUUCGCUGCCGGGUUGGGGCCGUGAAACGCCCAGGAGUAUAGCCGAUUACUUGGACCCGACUCAGGAUACAGCGCUUGUAGCCCCGCGACAGUUUUGCCGGAGUAAGGCCCUCCUGACCAUCGCAGUCUGCUCCUAUGUGCAUCACUUUGAACGGCGACGGACCAUCCGCAAACUCUGGGGCAACUCCACCGAGUUCAACUACUCGUCCUUUGUAAAGCUUCAUGGUCACCUCAAGGGCAAAUACCUGGACGUCCUGCCAGAGCGUCUGAAGCUGUAUUCGGAGUAUCUAAGCGGCAAGGGUGACUCCUUGGAGGCCUCCAUUCGAAUUGUUUUCUUUCUCGGCCGCAGAAACUUGGCUUCCCUGCAGGAAAACGAAGCGGUUGCCAACGAGGCGGAAGAGUAUAAUGACGUGAUCCAAGAGAACUUCAUGGACACCUACAAUAACCUCACCAUUAAGGCCAUAAUGGCUCUAAAACACAUCAGCCAGAAUUGUGUGAACACGACAGCGUUCGUCUUCAAAUGCGACGACGACACCUUUGUAAAUGUGCCCAAUUUGCUGCACUUUCUGCUGGGUGGAACUAUUCCGCUGAACGAGGUCACCGCAAAUUACCACUAUCUCAACACCUAUCGGGUGACCUCAUCAAGGAACCGUUUGACGGCCCGGAAGGAGGUGAUGUACGGACGCCAGUACUGCAAUGUGCCACCAAUAGCCAAUAAGUUCAACAAAUGGUAUAUGCCAUCUUAUAUGUUCCGGGGCGGAGUGUAUCCACAGUAUUUGUGCGGAUCCGGCUACUUGCUGUCCAUCGAUGUGGUGCCGCGCCUCUACAAGGCCUCUUUGGGCACGAAGAUGGUGCACUUGGAGGACCUGUUCGUCACUGGACUGUGUGCGGAGAAGGCUGGCAUCAGGCGGACCAAUCACCCGCUCUUCAGGUCCAUGUAUCCGUUUCAGUGCGACGAGCAGUGCGCCCUCAAGGGAAGCUUCACCACGCACCGCGCCAAGGACUGGAUCAUGUGGGACGCCUGGCACCUGGUCACCAACUACAGCAGCAAAUGUCCUCCGCCAAAAAAAAACUUUCAGUGGCAUUUGCCCGAGAUGCAACGGUGUUAGAUUAUCUCUAUUUUUAAU